AUGCCUCCAAAGGGAGCAAAGCCCACAAAUGAUGAGCUUCUUGCUCAGUUUGAUGACCUCGGUAUUGACGGGGCCAGUGAACAGCCCUCGAAGCCGACAGUUUCAGCACCCACCAUUGACAAUGCCGCCGACCAGGACGACAUUCUGGCGGAGCUGGACAACCUAGCUGUUCAGCGACCUGGUAGUGGCCCGGGAACACCGCGUCUCUCAGCAGACAAACCUCGAUCAACUACACGGUCGCCAAGACAUAGUGCGGCCUUUGACCACACUGGUGAAGAUAGGGCGGGCCAACGCCUUUCAGAGGAGACUGGUCGUUCUUCUUACACAGGUACCAAGGCACCACCUAAGCCAGAGACCGAGCAACCGAAACAGCAGGAGGAGAUUGCGGGCGGCGGUUGGUGGGGAGGACUGUACGCAACGGCCAGCGCAGCCAUGAAGCAGGCCGAGGCUGCAGUCAAGGAAAUCCAGAACAAUGAGGAGGCUCAGCGCUGGGCUCAGCAGGUCAAGGGAAAUGUUGGCGCUCUGAGAGAUCUAGGCGGUGAAAUUCGCAGCAUGGCUAUCCCGACCUUCACGAACCUCAUCCACACUCUCGCCCCUCCCAUUUCAUCCCACGAACGUCUUCAGAUCCAUGUGACCCACGAUCUAUCCGGCUACCCUGGUGUCGAUCCACUGGUCUACGCUGUGUUCUCCCGGGUCAUGGCUCAAGUUGAGGGCGGGGAUCUACUCGUGAUUCAACGGGGACAAGAAUCAGCUCCCAAGCGUGGCCUCGAUAUUGACGGCUACAUUUCAAGCGCAGGCUGGAACGAUGGACCCUGGUGGCGCACCGUAACCCCAGGAACACCUCGUACCGUCAACGCAGUGGCUGGUGCCAUGGCAGGGUCCAAGUUGGCCCGAGCCAGCGCCGAGUCCUACGCUACAGAGUACUUCGCUUCCCGGGGUGGAGCUGAGGAGGCUGCCAAGCAAGCCACCGAGAUACUGAGCGAGUCGAACCCGGUCCGCAGCAGUGAUAUUUUCUUGGCGAUCCAGGCUAUCAGCCAGACUGUCUCGAAAGAGCUCUUCCAGGCAGGCGCAUCGGAUGAGAAUGAUGUCCCCGAGACGGAGCAGGAGAUCACGUUCGCCCUUUACCUUCAUGACCCAAUCCACGGAAUUGCCUUUCACACUAUCUCCCAGGCUGUGCCUCAGAAGUGGAUUGAAUGGCUCGAUGCCUCCGCUCCAGCUACAGAGAAUCCUGACUCAGGAGAGGUUGAGGUGCCUCAGUCCACCGUGCCCGAGGCUAUUGCCGAAGUUAUCGAGAGCGGUGGUGUCGACCCACGUGAGUGGGUUGCGGAGUGGAUUGAGGAGACUCUAUCAUUGGCUGCAGGUGUUGUCGCACAGCGCUACGUGGCUUGCCGUAUGGGUGUUGGUGAGGUAGGAAUGGCUAAGGGUAAGAUGCGUGCUGAGCAGGCGUCUACAGUAGAAAGCGGCGCUGGAGAGGCCGCACGCGCAAUCUGA